GCGUCGAGCGGCUACAUGGGCCGUAUUAGGCUUAAUUUUUGUAUCGAUAGGCACGUGGCUCUUUCUACAUAAUUCUGCUGUACUGGUGCUAGUAUGGUCCAGUGUAGUUUUAAUCCUGCAAACGAAAAAGUUGGCAGCGCAACGUUUGCAGAGCGAGAGAUGCCUCGAUUCCGCGCUGCUCCCGGGCGGCGUUUCUGCACUACGGAUCCGUGUCCCUUUAAAGGACCCCUCACCAGACUUGCGGAUUGCCAAAAAACAAGCCUGCCCCACCUGGUGCAAGCCGUGUUCAAGGGUGAUGUGGAAGAGGUGGAGGAGCUGCUGGCGGAAGGGGAGGAGGCCAACUACCAGGACGCCGAGCGGCGCAGUGUGCUGCAUGCGGCUGCAUUCUGUGGCCUUCACCAGGUCACCGCCCUGCUUUUGGCGCAUGGUGCCCGCGUCAAUGCCAAAGACAACAAAUGGGCCACUCCACUGCAUCGUGCCUGUGCCUCUGGAUACGAGGACGACAACACCCACCAGCUAAAGCCCGAGCCUGUAGAUGUAAAGAAAACUGUGGAAGUGCUACUACGACACCAGGCAGACGUGAAUGCACGGGACAAGUUUUGGCAGACUCCACUACAUGUGGCAGCUGCAAAUAAUGCAGUGUCAUGUGCUGAGCUGAUCAUUCCUCUGCAGAAUAAUGUCAACAUCUCGGACCGUGCUGGACGCACCAGCCUUCAUCAUGCUGCCUAUAAUGGGCACACACCAAUGGUGGAGCUUCUGCUGCAGAACAACGCCACAUGCAACUUCUUUGACAAGCGUGAUCGCCGGGCCAUCCACUGGGCUGCCUACAUGGGCCACACAGAAGUUAUCUCUCUCCUGGUCAGCCAUGGAGCCGAUGUCAAUGUGCGAGACAAGGACUACUAUACUCCCCUGCACUGUGCGGCAGCCAACGGGCGUCUCAGUGCUCUGCGUCAGCUGCUGACCCUUGGUGCUGACGUGGAUGCACCGAACGGCUGUGGCAACAGUCCCUUGCAUGUGGCAUGUCUCAAUGGCAAGGAGGACAUCGCUGACGAACUGCUUGCAGCCGGCGCCCACAUUUGCGCUGUUAACUGCCGUGGCCAGACACCACUGCAUUAUGCGGCAGCUUCAACACAUGGAGCAGGCUGCCUAGAGGUUCUGCUGCGUCAUCGAGGUGUUGUAGUGAACUGCCCCAGCCAGGAUGGCCGUACGCCAUUGCACAUGGCAGCAAUUCAUGGUCGCUGCAGCCGUGCCCAGACUCUGUUGGAAGCCGGUGCCCAUGUUGAUGCCCAUGACGUGCAGGGUUGCACUGCGCUCCACGUUGCUGCUCGUCAUGGACACGACCUGUUGCUCGGAGGACUGCUGCUGGCUGGAGCUGCCUGUGACACUCAUGGCUGCUCAGGAAUGACACCACUGCACAUGGCUGCCUUGGGUGGAUACACCGACUGCUGCCGCAAGCUUCUCCAUGCUGGUGCGAAGAUUGAUGCUAGAGAUGACCAGGGGCGAACAGCUUUACAUUUUGCUGCAUAUGGCGGCAAUCAAGAAACCCUGGAGUUGCUCAUUAGUCGAGGCGCUGACUGCUUUGCCUGUGAUAGCUUUGGAAGGCUGCCCCUGCACUACAGCGCUGGCGGAGGGCCUGAGCAACAGCAGCAGGGCGGUGGCUGCCUGAGUGCCCUGCUUGCACUGGGCUCGGACGUGGAUCGGGCAGACGGGGAGGGGCGCACGGCACUGUUGGUGGCAUCAGCAUCUGGCGACCCCGAAGGGCGCUCCCUGACCCUCCUGCUCGAGCAAGGGGCCCAGCCUGCAACACAGGACAGCAGGGGCUUCGGAGCCUUGCACCACCUCGCCGCUGCGGGGCACUUAGCCCCCCUCACGACGCUUUUAUCUGUGAUGAAUGCCGAAGAAGUCGGAAGAACAAAGUCUCACACUGGACUGACACCUCUUCACCUUGCGGCGGUGGGGGGACACACCGAUUGUCUCCAAGCGUUGCUGUCAGUAGGAUGCAUGGAAGACAUGUUGGAGUGCGCUGAAGAGGAGCAGGGCUGGAGCCCACUGGCCCUGAGUGCCCUGUUGGGCCGAACUCCCUGCCUGCGCUUGUUGCUGCUACAUGGAGCCCAGCCGCUGGGGAGCAACCCUCGCACUGGGGCAACCCCGGUUCAUGCCGCUGCCGCCUUAGGUCAGACGGAGUGCCUUGAGAUCCUUCUUCAUAGUGCCAAAGGAUCUGAUGCUGCCAACACAAGAGAUGCUAGCAACAGGACUCCUCUGAUGCUGGCUGUCUUGAAGGGUCACACUGACUGUGUGGAGCUACUGCUGCGACAUGGUGCUGCUGUAGAUGCUGAAGACGUUUCCCGGAGGACAGCCCUGUUUUAUGGAGCUUUUGGGGGCAGUGAGGAAUGCAUGCGCAUGCUGCUGAAGGAGGGUGCGACUGUCUUGUUGCGUGACAACAUGGGUAAGACCCCACUGCACCUGGCAGCAGCAGUGGGCAACGGCGCUGUCCUAUCAAUGCUGCUGCGCCAUGGCCCUGAUGGAGAAGGCCCCGACCGACUUGCUGAUCUCCGGGGUUUUACGCCGAUCCACUGGGCAUGCUACGGAGGUCAUGGCCCAUGUCUUGGCAUGCUCCUGGAACACUCUCGAACAAAUACAUUUUACGGGAACUCCUUCAGUCCGCUUCAUUGUGCAGCAUUCCAUGGAAGCGAGUUUUGUAUAGAAUUAUUGCUCAAUCAUUUUGGGAAAAAGUUAGUGCAAUUACGGGACAAAAAGCAAAGGACUGCGCUCCAUGCGGCUGCGUGCGACGACAGCGUGCUGUGCCUGCAGACCCUGGUCAAGGAAGGGGCUGACAUCAAUGCCGCUGACUGUAGGGGCCAAACGCCACUCAUGAUGGCUGCUGCCCAUGGGAGCUGCAAGUCCAUAGAGGCCUUAUUGGAGCUGAAUGCAGACAUCCUUGUUCAAGACAGCAAGGGUAAUAGUGCUCUUCAUCAUGCUUGCUUGCAGAAACAAGAAGGCGCAGUGGCCACACUAUUGGAGAAAGCAGACUUUGUGAAGCUCAUCAAUAUGAUCAACGAUGAUAUGAAAACAGCUCUUCAUGUUGCUGCAAGCAAUGGCCUGAUCGAUGCAACUCAGGCGCUACUCCUGAAAGGUGCUGACGUGCUUGCCACAGAUGUCAACGGCCACACACCUGCCCUCUCCUGCGCCAGGAGCAACGAAGUAGCCGAGUGCCUUGCUCUUAUCCUGGCCGUGAUGCCUUCAUCGAGCCCUUUCCGGAUGGAUGGUUUCUCACGUGUGAGCAGCCUGUACCGACAGGGAGGCCAUCUCUCGGAGCUGUUUAGCGACCAAGCCAACCACCACUCGGGGGCACGACCGUCCUCUACCGACAGCCGUGAUUGUUCAGAGCCCUGUCAGAGUUCCGACUCUGAGUACUACUGACGGUUGCUGCUGCCCGCACUGCUCCUCAUCAGCGGCUACGGUUCGAGCAAGGAGGCCACCGGGGCCCUUGCUUAGCCACUAUCGCUGUUAGGGUUGUGGCGCUGGGCGGCAGGAUGUUGCUCUUGACAUGCGUCAACCACGUCAAGUCAAGGUUCUCUUGUUCCGUUACUGCUCAGGUCGCUCUUUUCAUUUUGCCCGCGAUCGACCUUCGCUAAAUAUGGUGCCAUGAUACAUAGGUGGGCUUUCUCACCCUUGGAAGUGCCACUGAAAUGAGUUUUGCAGACGACUCCUCCCCAAAGUGGUGGACAAGCAGUCAGUGAAGCAGCAUUUUUUGUUGUUCAGUCAGUUUCUUGCAUGAGCCUGGCAGCUACGCAUGCAAGGUGCUGUGAAACUAUACUGAAAUAUGGACUCGGCAUGCUGGGAGCAACACAGUUUGCUCCCCUUUGCUUCAACCACCAAGAGAGAGUUCGAUUUUUCUUAUGAGACGUAAUGCGUUCAGCUUCUAAAAGCACUCGAAUUGCUUUCAAGGGUACACAACUGAUUGAUCUGCUAUGUAUCUUGAAGACGUAGAUGUUUAUUUUUAUGAACUGUUCUAUGCAGAUGAGUAUGGCCGCACAUCGCUUUUGUUUUUCUUCCUUGUGCACUAAGGAGCCUUUAGCUAUUGUUAGCAGUAGCUUUCUGGUGCAUUGGAGGCGUUUUCUGCCUUAGUUCAGAGAAGCAAGUUGGUGACAUAGUUGCUUCUUCACUGUGACCCUUAUCUUGGCAUUCUCAGUUUGGUGGUUUGAGUUUGUAUUUCUCAGUUGUGUUUUGCUAUAACAACCUCACACUGUUGCGUGUAUCCACCAGAUUUUGUUUCACCUGAUUUUACCGGCAGCCAAAAACAAUGGCUUGCUUUCAGGAUUUGGUGAUUGUUGAUAAGGACAUCAGACCUAGUAGUUGCGACAAUCCUGUCUUAACUACACUUGUCGUCCUUAAAACUGAAGCAGUAGGCGGCAAAAGUACUCUUUCUGCCGUCCAAAGCGGGCCUAGACUGCACCUACUGUUGCCGCCACCUUUGCCGCUGCCUCCAUCGUCUCUCAAAUAGUGGGAGGUGUGAUAAUGCAUUCCACCGCAAACGGGUUCUUUGGCGGUCGCAUUACCUACAUUUGCUGAAAUGACAUUUUGUGCCAGUGCAGCUCCAUUGAAGUACUCCUCAACAGUUGAUAAGAAAUUGCCAUUUUGGCUCUGUCACUGAACCUGUGAGCGCGUGUUUAUCAAGGGGAAAUAGUGUGUACAGAGCCAGCUGAAGACAGUGCUCAUGACCUUUUAACAUUGCUUUUCAAUUUUUGGUUCAGUUGAACAUUUUUGCUUGUCUACAACUAGUCCCUGUGUGUAAUCUUAAGCGUGCCUCCCCCCCUUGUAGGUUAAUAGGGGAAGAAUGUGCAAAUGCGAUAGCAUAGCUGGAGUAGCCAUAGCGUUGGUGUUGGCAGUUUCGAGUUAUGCUACUUUUCAAGAACCAAAUGGGAGUGGUUUUCUUUAUAUAGUGUUAUAUGUGCAUGGAAUAGCUAUGUAAUGUCAAAUUCCUAGCUCUCCAUGGUGUCCUGCUCCUGCUUUUUUUUUUUUAGUUACCUUGUUUUAGUUACCUUGCCACUAGCUGCGUUUAUGUGCAACAGUGGCUUUGAGGGCUGAUGCUGGCAAUGAAGUUGUACUGUGUUAUGUAUUGCUUUGUAGACUUACCAGAUUAUUUUGUUCAGUAACUGCAUAUGCCAUCGCUGGUGUCUAGUACAUAUGCAGUGCUUGCCAGCUAGAGGUUUUACCAUAUUUACACGUUAAUUACACAGAUUUAUGUUUCUGCAUGACUUUGUAAUGAAACUAUUUCUCGUAUAAUUGGCUGUGCAAGUGAUGAAUACCAGCUGCACAUAAAGUGAUUACGACAAAUAUUUGCACAGUUAAACCUCAAUGUAAUGAAUUAAAGACUGACAUACUGAAUUAUCAUACAAAGCAAACUAAUCCAAUGGUUUGUUUGGUUUGGCCACAUGUUGCCUUAGUGGGUUUCAUUUUUCUUUGAUGGACCCAAUUAUGCAGUAUGUGACAAAUUUUCAUGUGCACUCAGCUCAAAAUUGGCACCAUGCUGCAGUUGUAGGGCUGUAUACCUUUUGAACAAUCUAGAGUGGGUGUAUAGCACCAUGCCCGUACACUUUUGUGACAAAUACUGGAUAAAAUUGCUACUUUUUGAUUUUUGGUGCUACUUUUUUAUAAUGAGGCUCAAUUGUACAUGGUUAACACAAAAUGGCAGCUGUUGCAGUGUUGCAUGCAGCUGCUAAAAAAUUCAUGAUAGAAGAUGCCAGGCUACUUGAGGAUUUUUGCACGAACAUGAAAGGAGAGUAGCAUGUUUUAGAGCUAGACAGCAUGACCUGAGUAAAAAUCCUGAUCAUUUAAAAUGUUUCGUAGGGAAUUACGAGGCCGCUAGCAUCUUUCAUAGACAACAGGACAUAUGUGACAAGGAUGACACUUGGCCAUGUUGUGUGUGGAAAAAUUCCUUUGUUGCAUGAUUUGCAAAUGUUCUAAUGGUAUGUGCAACUGUUAAGCUUUUAGUCAACAUGCAGAUUUUUGUGUUGAACAAAUAAGAAAGAAUUGCUGACUAACAAAUAUUGACUUGCACAUUAAAAUUUGUGAUCUUUUGAUAGAAAGCCAGCUUUCACUAGCUAAAUGCAACAACUAGAGCAUACAAUUGUUUUGCAAAAGUGGCAUAAAGCCAUUUUAUUAUAGUUUUUAUACAUUUCAUAAUUCAGAAAGGCCUUAUUGAAUACACAAGGCAGCAAGUUUCGCUUUUGUAAUUGUAGUUAGCUUGUAUUCAGCCACAUUUAAAGAACUUCCAUUUGCGUAUGUGUUGUUUUGUCGACAUUGAAUGUGCUCUUCAAACAGUCAAGUGUGCCUGUCUCCUAGUGCAGGGUGUUUGCAGCAAUAAGACGACAUUCCUUCAUUUGGCUUGGGAAAGAAAAAAAGAAAAAAUCUGCAUGUUGUUUCUAUAUUUGAUGCAUUCCUUUGUUUUGCUGCAUUUUACUUUGUGUUCUGGACAUUACUGAAUUGCUUUUCGUGUGGUGGUCGUGUAAAUAAGGUACGACCUCUGGUGAUAUAACGUGUGUUGUAUAGUAUUAUCAUUCUAGUUUUGUGUACCAAAGCCUCAACCAAUGGGCUGUCUACCAUGGGCAUAUGUGCAGCGUGGUCAGCACCAGCUGAUGUGAAAUGACAGCCAUGCUUUUCUCUCGCCCAUUCUCACUUCCUGUGAUACGCACAGCUCGUUGAGAUUUCUUCCUGCAGUUUUGGGCAUGAAUUAAGAGCAGGAAAACGAGAAAUAAACGGAUGCAAGAGGCUGUUUAUAUUGUGCAAAAAGAAAAAAAAAAAAAGAGCUUCGUACAGGGCAGGGGAUCUAGAUAGCUAGAGUUAUGCAGACCGUUUUCUCCUCUUGGUUGAAGUUGUGCAAGGAGCGAGACAGAUUGCUUCAGCUUUCUCUCUUACUCUCAUAUAUAUACAAAGGUAAUGUCCGUCAAUGCCAGUGCAAAGGAAAAAUGCCACACUGAACAUUACAAAAUCUGUAUUGUGCACAACAUUCUCAUGUGUUGAAAGUGCUGUUGCACAUGUAACAUUUCAUGCAGUAAGUAAGGCAAUGCUAAAAUUGGAGCUAAAUCACCGCAGAAAUAGGCAGUUAACUUUGCUUUUGCCACGACAUUGAGAGCUUGAGCUUGAUCUGUGCCGUUGUAGAUUAUAUGGCUGGCAUUGUACGUGGCGUUCUGUUCAGGCUGGUCACUUUUGUUCCACAUUUCUCACAGGGUGUGGUAGUUGGUCCACCAAAGUGGAAGAGAAGGUUCGUUUUGGCUCGUUAAGUUUCGUCAGUUUUUCGAAGUUGAUGAAAAUUUCAGUGUCAAGAGUUCAAAGAGCUUCAAAAUGCUUGUUAAGCAUAAACGCAGAUUUCUUUUGACCUGCUUUAGCCUCUGAUGUAGUCUUUCGUUAGAUCUGAUGCAUGCUCAUGAAAACAAUCUAUUGCAAGUGAUGUUCACCCGUAGCCUUUCUUUUUUCUUUCUUUUCUAUGGAGGUUGGUAUUGAUGUUCCAGUGUGCACUUUGUUCUGUCUUCCCAAUUGCUUUGCCAUCUGAUUUAGCAUGAAAGGUUUCUCCAUUCCUUUAAAAUCUGUAAAAUUGCACGGUUUGUUUUUCAAAUCAACAUAUCUACAACGUUCUCCACAAGGCCUCUUGGGCCUGCGAGGUUGCUAGUAGUAUUCAGAGAUUUUAGACAACUAAGCUUGUACAAAUACAGAUAGUCAUUCUUGACCAUGUGCAAAGUACAAGAUGGUUAACGGUUUAACUGCUUUCCUUCAUUUGCUGUGCCAGAUGGCAUUGUUAAGUUGUUUAUCUGCCAAAAAAAAAGAGACAUGGUUUUGGAGGAUCGCUGCUGAAUGUGCAAUUGCAUACAAUGUACAACAAAACAUGCAAAGUAUACGUGUCACGCGUGGUCAGCCUGCUUGCUUUGAGCAACUGCUCAAGGCUGCUUCAAUGCAUCUCGUUUUGUCAGCCGAACCUGCUUGUAAAUUGCUGUGAAAGAAAGAAAACAGUGCAUGUGGUGCGCAUUAGUCGACCCUGUCUUUUUAACUUCAUGUCGUAGUCUCGUGCCUUACUCUCACCUAACAUCUUUGUUAUGGAAAGAGUAUUGUCAGUGUGGGCACCGUUCCACAGGUUUACAAGAUUACAGUGAAAAAGAAAAAAAAGUGGAAAUGAAUGAAAGUGUUGUUCUUGUAUUUUGUGAUUGGACUGUCAUCUGUUUUACAUGAAUUGGUUUAAGAUGUCCCUAGCUGGCGACUGGUUAUGCUACUCCCUCUUGAAAAUACAGAACUGCUUUUUCUUCUUACAGCACUCUGUUUUGUUCAUUUCAACAUGAGAAGUGCUUCUCUUAUUCAUUGCUUAGCUGCGCUGCCACAGCGGCAGGAAUCUACUAUAAAGUGAGUUUCGAACAAUGUGCAAUCUUGUCUACAAAUUUUGUUUUCUUUCUGAGUAAUCAUUGUCUCACCGUGUAGCUUCUUUAUUGUUUGUCUCUCUAAAGCAGCCAGUUCAGAUUAGUUUGUGCCAUAUAUGAGCGAGCUUUACUCCCCCAUUUCCCGAUUACUGCAGUGGGCACCGCACAUGAGCAUUUUCACUUUGUCAAUUACGUGCUUGUUCUUGAAAACUGUGUGAACUGAUGGGCUGCUUUGGACUGUAUGCACAUUUGUUAUGUUAGGCUUGAUACUUCCACUAAAUAUGUUUUUUUGUUUUUUUCACCUCUUGCCAUCUUGGAAGACCUGUAGUUGUAUUAGCUGUCAUAUAAGCAAGUUGUUGGUCGAUGGUAGUAAUAGUACAUGUGUUCAUUCAAGAGUUGUUGACAUUCUUAUUGGGAUGCUAAAGGCAAAUAUUGAGUCAAGCUAGAAUGAUAGGUUUGUCUUCCAGGGUGUAAAUAAUUGUCAAGUUUAACAUCCCAAAGCUGCAGUGUGUUACGACUCAUGAGAAACACCAUAUCGGAGGUCUCUGGAUUAAUUUUGACCACCUGGGCUUUUAACAUGCACCUAAAUCUUAGUACAGGAGCAUUUUUGCAUUCUGCCCCCAUUGGAAUGGGGCUACUGUAUCCGGGAAACAAACCCAUGACCUCAUGCUCAGCAGUAGUACACCAUAGCUGCUAGUCCACCGUGACGGGUGUUCGAGGGUGUGCAACGUGUUGCUUUUACAGAGAACAAAGCUUUGUUGGCGAGAAAGUUACAUAAACAUAGCACAUGAUUGGAACCACUACCACAAAAACUUGAUACUAGUUUACAUGGUGUAACACAUCCCAUUUAUGAUAGGUAAAUAGGAGUCAAGCCCAGAUAAGAACGUUAAACAUGACAAUGCAAAAGAAUAUGCAGUCUGCUCCCCUUCCUUUUCUUUUAUCUCUUUCUACAGAAGCCACUAGUGCUGCCUUUUCACACUGCUGUAUCGUAACACUUUACAGCACAGUGGCUCCUUAUUCCUGCUGGCCUCUGAAUUAAAAAAAAAAAAGUUCCUGCAGAAAUUAAAGUUUACGUUCGUCUUCUUUCGGCAGGAACCCAUCUCACAAUGACUCUCGAUGUGCGGUUAGCGUUCAAGCAAUGUAGUGACACACCAUAAUGUUGAAGACACCUUUAUUUACCAUUUCAAAGGGGAAAGGGGGUAGGCUAAUAGCGUUAAUACAUCCAUGCGCCACAGCGUCGCCACAGACCACGGCGUCUACACCUUCGGACACCACAAAGAAAGCUUCACUAAACGUUGCCUCCCACCCACAGCUAGUUUUGUCCUGCUGGCAUUGUAGAAAGCAUAUCUGACUUCAAUUGAACCACGGUGCUGAGCGGAAAAAUUGUUGGGAACUGAGAGGUCAGGCGUCUGUCCUGUCUGCCUGACCAUAUGCAUAUUGGUCAGGCAGACAGGACAGACGCCUGACCUCUCAGUUCCCAACAAUUUUUCCGCUCAGCACAAUGAUCAAUAUGCAACACCAUCUAGACAAAGUCUACUGUCCCAUGCAUAUGCAAUCUGUGUCAGGCGAAAUAAUUUUCAUUGCCAGCUAAAAGAGCGCGCAUUCUCACUUUUAUUAAUCAGUCAUGUAAUUUUCUUUCUUGUUUCACGAGCGACAUUUCGGGGGACUAGACAGCAGCAGCACCACAAAGUAGGCCAAGAAUGCUAAUUGCAUUAAAAAGCAAUAGAACCAAGCAGAGCGGGAUCUCCCAGAUUGCCGCUGUGGCUACAUUGGCGAUUGUUCAUCUUAGGCAGUUUGAAUUGACGAAAAAUUGUACGACCCCUUCAGUCAUAAUUACCUCUUGGCAUCUAUUUGCACAAAACACGUUUCUAGGAGGGCAACUGAUCGGUCGAGAUUGAUUCAAUGUUUGCCUUUGAGUGUCCGCUGAACACUUGAGGUAUUUAUGGUAUUAUCUAACCAGAUUCACUUGUCACUCAAGCUGCUACUCAGAUAAGUAGUGACAUUGGUGCUUUGUUCAAAUGUGUAUCUUUGCUCAGGCGUGCAAAUUUGGCUUGUAUGUUCCUACACCAGGAAGAAAAAAAAAAGAGCAGCAACGAACUUGUGCUCAGAUUAAGAGUUGUGUAUGCUUAUUCAGGUGGCUUUUACUGGUCGUGCUUCAGGUCUUUCUUUUUUUUUUUAUCUGUUUGCAACGCUUUUGCAGUUUGCAGAGUUUCUUUUAAUAAUAAAUAGUUGUUAUUGAAAAAUACUCAACUUAGUACCACAGUGUCCCCACAGUGCCACUCUGUAGUGCAAAGCAGCAUUACGGAAGCCUUUUAGCAUAAGCUUUCGGAUGUGUACUGGUCUGCACCUUACCGAUGGUACCACCUGCCUUACUAGGCUUUACAAAAGGUGCACUUGCAGGGUUUCUUGCCAAGAGAUUCUAGUGUACUAAAUUCUCACAAUUGCGAGUUUCAUAGAAAUGUUUGAAUCCGCAUGAAGGUUAACCUGAUCAAUCAUGAGGGUUGGCUGUUUGUGAGGCUUUCUUUGUUCACAAAGAAACAUUUUUUUUUUUUUUGUGACAUUAUCAGGCAUGAUACUUAGCCUAUUUCAUGCAUUCAAAAUCGCAAAUCUGUUAAUUGACUGACAAUAUAUUACUAACAGUGACCUUUUGGAAGCAAAUCCAGCACAUUUCUAUGGUUAUUUCUUGUUUAAAGCAUUCCAAUAACUGCUUGGCACCGUUGGUAUGUACAUUUAGGUUUUCUUCAUGACAUGGUAAACGCACAUUUGCAAUACUGCAGAGAGCAGCAGCCAUUGGGAAGUGGGCUCUUCCCAGAGUUGCAUUACAAUUGAGCACACCUGCAUUUGCAAUGUGUACAAGGGAAUAAGCUUUCAUUUUGCUUGGAUGCAAGCUGACGUGUCUGCUUGUAUGAUACUCAUGCAAAAUACAUUAAAUGUGCUCAAUACCGAUGCUACUACAUAAAAUAUUGAUUCUGCUUUUGUAGCUGUAGGUGGAACUAGGGCUUGUUCUAAUGCUGUACUGUCUCUGUGACCGCUUGAUCGUUGUGCAUUGAGUGCUUGCUUUGAUAGUGCACAUGCUCAAAGAAGGCUACAGAAAUGACUGACAAUCCCUGUCGUGUUUUCUUAUGUUAUCUUUUAUUUCUUUUUUCUCUUUGCACAGACCCUGUAUUCGGAAAUCAUUUUGCGAUUAUUAUGUCAUUAAUUGGCUCCCACAGUCUUGCAUCUUACAAUUUCCCAACGCCUAAACGCAUUUUUACUCUGAUCUAAUCUGGCAUUGGUCACAUACAUGUGACAGAUUGCCAAUGGCUCAAGCUAGUGACACAAUUGAAGACUGUGCUGAAGCCAUGUUUCUGGUUUGUUAUUGAAGCUAAUGAUGUAUACCAUUUUAGUGGGUACGUAAUUGUGCUACACCAAGUUAAAGGAGGAGCGAAAAAAUGCAGUGUGCCUUUCAAAGCUGCCAUGGCUAGAUAUCCGUUGCUGUGUAGAACUCGCUUGAUCAUUUGGGUAAACCACCAGAUCUGCCUUCCCCUGUCUUCUCAUCUCUUUCCUCCUUGCCUUUCUUUUUCCUUUUCUUCCUUGAGCAGAAAGACGCGUGUAUACACAGUGUUAUCUUAUGCGAACUAAGGUUGUGUUACAUACUUAGCUUGAAGCGCUACAUUUCACUCAUCUAGUCGAGCGUCAUUGAUCUGGACAUUUAAAAAUGAAGAAGCAUUGCUCACCCUUUGUCGUGACGUGAACCAUACCAAACAUAUAUAAAGACAAGCAAAACUGUUGUUCCUGCCCUUGUAUUCUGUCUUUCGGGACAAUUUCUGUGGUGGUGUGCGUUGCCUGUUGUAAAUGCAUGCAUGUAUACUAGUCCCCGAAAGUGUUUGUUGUGUACGCAGCUUUUCGCAGAGUGUACUAUCCCAUACUCAGUGAUCUUGUGAUGCACUUUGAGCGAAUCAGCUUCUUAACGUCCUUGGUACUCCCAGCACGGGGCAGUCGUCUGCAGUGGUUGAUGCGUACAAGUGUGCAUCUGUGCUUGUGCAAGUGGCAUGCUGUUUUGACUACUCGCACAGGGCGCGUUGCAUCUUUCCGGGAGGAAACCAGCCUACAGUAGCGCUUUUGAGGAACUUAGUGCCUUUUGGGCAUUGACCAAGUAGCUAUAUCACAAGUCUGAGCUAUACAUGCUGUGGGCGCACAAACAUUUGGGGAGUUUCUGGAAUCGUUAGGUCCUUUCUGUCUUCUCUUCAGCACACUCCAUGAAUGUGUACCACCUGUGGCACUGUUUUUCUUUGCAAUAAUGGCUUCGUAGGGUGUGCCAAAAAAAGAAAAUAACAAGAGUGUCACAAAAUUGAUGUGGCCUGGCCGCUUGUGAAGGGCAGAAGUGGGUCAGUUAUGCUUGCAUCAGUGCUUAUGCUUAACCUCUUUUGAGCUUCAUUUUUUGUAUUUUUGUAGUGAUUCGUAUUGAUGGGCAUUGGCACUUGAAAGUAGCGUUUACUCUUGGGGUACUUGCUGGUUACGUUGGCAUUGCCAAGUGCCGAAGCCUGCUACAAGUCAUAAGGUGUCUUAUUCUAGAUGCGGAGAGUCCCUGCAAAGUAGUGCCUUUCACUUUUGAGCCCUUUGUGUUACAUUGAUGUCUUUGUUUAAGCAGCUGUUUGAUAAAACCUGCACUAGGGCCGCAAAUGCUAGUGCUUUUUUUUUUCCUUUGCUUUUUUUUUUAUUUCAUUUGUCCCAAGCAAGCCUAUAUGUGCAAAAGCAAGGCAGGUUCAGAAUUUAUAUCUACUUGUUGCUUUCCAGACUCGCUGAGGCUGAAGGAGGUAUCUGAACUGAAUAUGUGCAUGUAUGCAACCGUUGACCCACAGUAAAUGUUCACUGUCCAGAGUUUGUGCAAGCAUUUGUGAGCAAGACCAUUUGGCAAUCUGCACUAAGGCCAGAAGAAUUUUUUGCGAGACCCACAGUGACCAAGCACGGUCUUAAUUUAAAUAAAGUUGUUUCUCUCUCUCUUGCGAGAUUAUGAUGGAAAACUUUUCAGAAAGACCAUUCCGUCUUUUCGGCCGUUUUAAUUUCUUUGAGGGCUUUACGCUGUGAACCAGCGCAGCCUUCCUUGUCUUCUGAACGUCUUCUUGUAGCAGUGUGGUGGUGCUCACUUUGUUGCCUAUCAUGUGCCUCCCACGUGUGAAGGGGUACAGUCACUGUGCAUUUGAUUUGAUGAGCUCUGCCAAUUUAAGCAACACCUGUAUUUAGGGGGGCAUUUAGCCUGUGAGGAAGAGAGGAAAGUGGCAGACUGCUCGUAAAGAGCCAUCUUGCCUCCUGUGUUCCUUUGUUUUGGAAUGUGCUGUUGAAGUGAUGACUCCAACACCCUGUAUUACCCAAUGCGCACGCGUACUUGGAGCAACUUUGCGACUUAAUUACAGGAAACUGUGUUCCUGGAAAGUGCCAUGUCAUAGCAUGCCUCCUCGACCUCUUCACGUUUUGUUCUAAGGUGUUGUUCGGCUUUGGACAGAUUGGAAGGCAAACCAACUCAGUCUGUGCUUGGUGCAAUCAGGUCAUCCCACCCCAAACCUGGAAAGUAUUUCUUUGCAGCCGUUGUUGCUGCUACUUAUUAAAUACUGUCAUGUUGUCUAUUGUGGUAGCUUGCCAAGGCUUUGCUGAAUGCCCACUGUCGUUCAUGUGCUUGGGUUUGGGCCACAUAGUGGCUGAAAUGAAAAUUGCAUUGUAUGCUGAACUUUGCACAUUGAGCACCACUUUUUCAAUUUAGGAAAGCUUUGUUUACCUUGACAGUGGGUUUCAAUGCCUUCCUUGUGUCACCUGUGCUCUGGAGUGUUCACAUUUGCAGCUGCCUUGCGUUUCUUUUAUUUCUGCCUGAGCUUGCAUUGUUGUACUGUAGUGUGUGUACCAUGACGUGUUUCAAGUAUGAUGUCUCUGGGUUACUGCUGAAGCAAAGUGCCCCCAAAAGUGCCAUUUCUGACAAUGCUGACAUGCAGAUGACUUUCUUGUUUAACAAGCAACGUUUUAUCACCCGGGUUGUCUUUCCGUUUUAUCACCCGGGUUGUCUUUCGCACCUAAAAUAUACUUUUGUGUUUGUUUUAGCAAUGUGUGUAACAUGUACCUGGAGUUGCUGUGAGACUAUUACAUAUUUCUGGGAUUUGGCAACAUGCUAAUACAGGCUGGUUAGUUAUCUGUCUUAAAACUAGUAAUAUCACUGAGGCUGGUACAAGCUGAGGUCAGCACUUGUCAUUCCUCUGCCUGCCCCAUCAAAUGCACAGUCUAGUUUCAGUAUGACCUUGGCAACUUAAACUGCAGCACUUCUAUGCAUUCAAAAUAUCACAUUUGUAUUAAGAACAAAAAGAUUGGUUUCAAAUUUUUUACACUUCUGCACAUGUAAUAGAAAAACAUGUUUAAUUGUGUGUGGGAGUCAGUUUGCUGUAGCCUGCUGAAGCCAUGUUGUGAGCGCUUCCUGAUCAUUACAGAAUGCAGUCAUUUGUUAUUUUCUUACUUUUAGCUUGUGCACAGUUACAGCAAUAGUUAGCUGCUGUUUGAACUUGAUUGCAGCAGUGCUUGGAGAUGAUUAACUGAGAAUGAUUAGGAUACAACAAAAUGCACAUUAAUUACGAUAAGUUACCUAAAUAUACAGCAAUAUUUUGUUUACUAUUACUACCACUUGUCAAGGACACCAACUUCGAGGUCCAAGCUAUUUUUGUUGGUAAACUCUUGUACAGUUGACUUGUGAUAAUUCAAGCUUCUAGGGAGCACAGAUUUUCACUCAAGUUAAAUGUUUGAACUAUUUGAAGUUGAGCAAAAUAAGAGUCAAUUUUAACUUCAACUUCAUUUAUCUUUCAAGGAAUUGAGGGUUCCUCCUGGUAAAAGGGCUGUCCAAGAUUGCGUGAGGGAUGCCUGGAAGCCCAACUCCCAGGCAGAGUUGCAAGUUAUAUGAGCAGGAGUAUACACUCAGCUGCAUAUAUAUAUAGAGUGUUUUCGCUGAUAUGCCCAGAAAGGCCUAAACAUAUUGAAAUCUGUAUGUCAUAAUCAGACAGCUCACUUAAAAUCUGCUAAUUGUCUUUUUAAACUGCACAUCAUAGGCAUUGCAUCAGAAUAGGAAACUGGUUGCAAUUUCUCAGUGGCAUCUGUAGCUGUUAUUUAAAUUGCAGUAUAAUAAUGCUGCCAGCUGAUGUUGACACAAUAACCUCUUCUUCAAUAUUCCAAAUCGAAGUGCCACACUUGAGGAAUGUAACUGUCAUGCUGAGAAGAAAUGCCCCUUUGGACGAACCCACUAUUGCAAACAGAAACGAUGGUCAGUCAACUGCAACAGUGAACUUCAUUAUCACUAGUUGGCUAUUGUUCGACAUUCACAACUGUCAAACCAUGCUGAAGAUUAUUUUAUACUAUUUCAUUCAUGCUAGGCAUUUCCACUUCUGAUACUCUGUUAAGUUUUAUGCAUCAGGUAAGCUGGAGUGUAUUUGUGUAAAUUAACGAACAGGGAUGGAGUACACUGCAAAAGUGCUACGUGCUCUCCAUUUCGAAUGGAGCACUUAUGCCCAAUGAGAGGUUCAUUAGUACUUUAUUUUUUAAUUUAUUGUCCGAAUAUGAAUUUGACAGCUUUUUAAAUGUUUGACAAUGCAGCUCAAGUUAUUCCGAAGAAAUAAUUCAAACAUCUCACCUGCCUUAUUCUUGAGCACCUUUAGACCUCUCAGCUAAAGCGCAUGCCAACUUUUGAGAGCAACCAAAACAUUUGUGAACCUGUUCUUCUUUGAAUGAGCAGCUGGUUUAGUGUCAUUUCAUAGUGGUGUGUAUGAACAUGCAGAGCAGUCCAAAUACCCGACAUUGGCACUUUCUAACUACUCUUGCCUUUGCAAUGUGCUCUCAUCAGCCAUAUUUUUACUGUAUAGCAUGCCCUGCCCUGGGAUGUUAAAAAUCUUAAAUUAAGCUGCUUUAAAAAAGCAUUGAAAACAAUCUGGCAAAGAAGAAUUUCAAAGAUUUGUUUGAAUUAAUGGGAAUUUUGUAUUGUUUGAAUUAUCACCAGUCAACUGAAACAUUGCACAAAUUAAUGCUGUUUUUGUUGCAUCUGUGUGGAAGGUUGGCCGAGCUUAGUUUAUGGAUUCAGCUUGGCAACAGCCAGCUUGCUCACAAAUAGAGGCCAGGCAAAAUUGCCUCGAGCUUCUCUUCCCACAAACACUGGGUUUCACAGCUUGGCACUCGUUUAAUAGAGUCACAUUUUUCUGGAAACUGCUUACAGCCCAUUACUUCCCUUUUGUGAUUGAGGUGGCCUGGGACAAAGGCACAUUAGUUCAUGUAGUCUUUUCUGUUAAAAAAUUCAUUGUGCUUUCUUUCCUCUGUCUCUUUUUCGAGGUGUCAUUUUGACUUUAAAUGAGAAUGCAUCUUGUGGGAAAAUGUGAUGUGCGUAGAUGUGCCUGUCUUGAACUGACAUUCAAAAUUGGUGUCAAGGGGCUCUAUUUUUAAAACAAAUACAUUUGUCUUUGUUUGCGUCUCUUAUGGAACAGUGCUGGUGUUUUUGCAGAACAGUGUUGAGCAGUCCCGCCUAGGGCUGUACCCAGGUAUGCUUUACGUUUGCCUCUGUGUAUACCCGUGCUGGUCCAGUUAACGUUUGCGAAAUGAAACAUGCGAGAACCAUUAUGAGAGUACUCCCUUUUUCUUUUUUCUGUUUAGAGCUAAUAACACAAGAAUGGCUACUUUGAUUGGUACAUAUUUGCAGAGUGCACUUAUGGUGUGCUUCUGUUGUAGUGCACAUUAAAGAACCCCAGGUGGUCGAAAUUAAUUCGUAGCCCUCCACUACGGUGUGCCUCAUCAGAAGUGGUUUUGGCACGUAAAACCCCCAAAAGAAAAAGAGUGCACUUACAGAGUCUUUCUUUAUUGCUGUUGGACACAAUUGCUGUGGCAGAUUAACCUCUGCUGUUCAUGGGCAAGUGUUAUACCGAAUGAAAGCAAGUCUGUAGCCAAGUACUGGUGUGUGAAUUUUCAAAAAAAGCUUUCUGUUUCGGUGACACUUAACAAAAUUAACAAAAUUUCUUCUUUUAUCAUCAAGAUGCUAAAAUUAGAAUCUCAGGUUUCAGUCCCUUCAGUCCAUGCGGGGCUUGUUUUGUUGUUGAAAAAUUGAUUUUUGUUAAUAAUGUAAAUAUUAUUUCUUGCAGGAAUGUUUUCCUUUUUCCAUCCAGAAUUUAUCUUCAGAUUGUCACAAAUUAGCCAAAAUGUAGCUCCCCAACCUUCUCUUUUCUUUUUUUUCCCUCAUUCAGUGAGAAAUAAUGUUACGCUAGAUUGGUACUGGCUGUAGCUCACUUCUUGUGCAGUGUUUAUUCUAUGCAUUACCGCUGUGCUGUCGUAACCUCAGCUGCCAUGUUAAACAGUGGCAUCUUUGUUCCUUGGCUUGUUGCAUGCACAUUUAGCCUUUAUUGUUUGUAGAAUGUUUUCAGUAAUGACAGAACUGUAACGUUCUUCUUCUUCUGCUAUGCUCUUUUCUUAACCUGGGUGCAGCCCCAGUACCCAUAUCUCGGCCUGCUGCUCACAUGCUGUGGGUACAUUCCUUUUGACUGUAAAAUAUUUUUGUGUGAAUUGGAUACCUUUGUUCUUGCUCUGAAACAUGCCAACAUGUGUGGCGCACAUCACACAUUUCUCUUGCAAGUAGUAUGUCCCAGCCACAUUCUCUAGCAGGGGUCCAAAUCUAAACUAAAAUAAAAAUCUGUGUCAGUGCUCAUUUCUUUUUUUCCUUGCUCAUGUGAACAUGUUAAAGCUAAAAAGAUGAAUUGGAGAACAUGAUUUGCAACUAGUGUUUGUGCUGUCUGUGCAGGGUUAAUCUAGUGACCUUUUAACAACUGUGAUAAACAUGUGAAAUGUUGUUUACUAGACCUAACCAAAUAUAUCUAAAGAUCUCUAAAUUGAGCUAUUCCGGUUAUGCAGCAUUUGAGAGUAGCCUAUUGUAUCAUCGAACACAUCUGCAUUUAAGAAUAAAAGGUAAAAGCUGUCAUGUC